CUGGCUGCCCUGCCGGCGCUAAGGCUUCAGCGUCUUGUAGGCCCGGCCUUCCCUCGGGCCUCUGUUUCCCAGCAGGCUCCGUGGCUUGGGGACUGUAAGUGCUUCCGGGGUCAGAAAGGUAGUGACGUCGUGGGUAAACAGGUUCUGUAGCCGUGGCAGCGACCCUGACAGGCUGGCUGGGUACCGGCUACCGCCGACCCGGGAGAAGUUGCGGUCUACAUCAGCUUGGGCUGCAGUGCGCUGCCGCCGCGGGGCCGGCAGGGCAGGGAUCGCGUCGCAUUCAUCUUUGUACCCCCAGCAUCUAGUAGUGUUGGCAUGUAGUAGGCACUCAAGAAAUGUGUGUGGAAUGAACGAUGCCUGUGACAAGCAAGCGGACUUUAUUCUUUCCUGACCCUUGCUCCUAUGACACACCUCCUCCUGACUGCCACUGUCACUCCUUCAGAGCAGAACUCCUCUAGGGAACCCGGAUGGGAAACAGCUAUGGCCAAGGACAUCCUGGGUGAAGCAGGGCUGCACUUUGAUGAACUGAACAAGCUGCGGGUAUUGGACCCAGAGGUUACUCAGCAGACCAUAGAGCUGAAGGAAGAGUGCAAAGACUUUGUGGACAAAAUUGGCCAGUUUCAGAAAAUAGUUGGUGGUUUAAUUGAGCUUGUUGAUCAACUUGCAAAAGAAGCAGAAAAUGAAAAGAUGAAGGCCAUCGGUGCUCGGAACUUGCUCAAAUCUAUAGCAAAGCAGAGAGAAGCUCAGCAGCAGCAACUUCAAGCACUAAUAGCAGAAAAGAAAAUGCAGCUAGAAAGGUAUCGGGUUGAAUAUGAAGCUUUGUGUAAAGUAGAAGCAGAACAAAAUGAAUUUAUUGACCAAUUUAUUUUUCAGAAAUGAACUGAAAAUUUCACUUUUAUAGCAGGAAGGCAAAACAAAAAAAGCUCCUCAAAACCAAAAAAACCUCUGUACCAUUCCAGCGGCUUGACCAGUGACCUAUGUCACAAGAGGUGGCGUGUAAGGAAGGCAGCCCCAAGUCUGGGGGAGCCCAUUUUUAAACAUCAGCACACAGCUGCUGCUGGUAGCCACGCAGUGCAAGUUCUCACCUCUUAUGCUUAGUUGGAACUAAGCAGUUUGUAAACUUUGGUCCUUUUUUUGUAAAUUUACAAAGCUUUGGAAGGAGAAGCAAUAAAUUUUUGUUUUCAAAU